UUACAGGAGCAAAGCGGCGCAUGAGAUCCCCUUGUCAACCUCUCCUCCUCCCGCAUCUCGCUUCUCUAUCCAGCAGGCGGCCGCCGCAGCGCUCCGUCCUCCCCAUCUCAACACACUCCAACGGUAGUUUUCUCUCGCCGUCCAGACCCAAACCCUCCUCUCCUCGCCAAUCCCUCUCCUAUCGUAUCGUCUUGGGGAUUCGGAUCCAGUCCCCUCUGCGGCGCGGCGGCCGGUAUUGACGAGCAAGCGGUUAUCUACAAGUUUGCCAUGACAGGAAUGGUUGCAGAGUUGGAAAAGCCAGGAGCAGAUACAUCAAACGAAUCCGCAAAGAAGAGAGGGAUACACAUUGUAGACGGCGAUGAAGGUUCCACUGUACCAGAGUCGGUUAGCAAAAAGGCCAGUAAAAAUACUGUGGAAACAAUGAUGCCUGCAAGUGAGUUGAGUAAGGAACCUGUUGGAAAACAAUCAAUGGAAGAAGGAAGACCACCAUCAGCUGAUGAUAAUUAUCAGGAACUAUCCUCAGAUAUUAUUGAAAAGAACACAGAUGGACUAUUAGCAGAUGAAGUGUAUGAGGAAACCAAUUCAGUCGUCCAUUCACUGCAGCAAGCUGAAGAACAAAACCACCUGCAUGAUAAUGUGGAAAACAUUGAAAAGGCAAGCAAUAAUACAAGUGAAAGUGAUUCAGACAGCAGCUCAGGAGGUGACUCAGAUAGUGGACUAGGAAAAUACUUUUAUCCUAAAUUUGAGGAAUUGGAGACUGCAAGAAAACCAGAACCUGGAAUGAAAUUCCAAACCCUUGAAGAUGCACACGGAUUCUAUAAUACAUAUGCUCUCCUAAAUGGCUUUGUGGCCAAGCGAGGUUCAAAUUACAAGAGAAAGAAGUAUCACCUAGACUGCAACAGGAGUGGCAAACCAACACUGACUCAGGACCCUAACAAGAAGCGGAAAAGAAAUUCUUUUGAGAAGACAAAUUGCCAAGCAAAGGUGAUAGUGAAGCUCACUAAGGGACAAUGGGAGUUCACAACAGUUCGGAAUGAGCACAACCAUCCGUUAUGUUCAAACCCUUCUCUCACGAACUUCUUCUUGAGCCACAAAAACAUGCCAAUUGAAGAAAAAUCGUUUCUAAAAGUUCUGCAGCAAAGUAGGAUACCUCCCAAUAAAGUUAUGAAGAUUUUUAGGAGAAUGAAAAGCAGUUUUGGAAACAUACCAUUCAAGAAGAAAGAUGCUACCAGUUUACAGAUUGAUGAACAACAUAGAACCGAAAACUCAGAUGUUCAAAAAGCGCUGAAGCUCUUCAAAGAACUGGAGCUGCGGAACCCAUGUUUUUUCUACACGAAGCAAACAGAUAAAGACGACAUUGUCUGCAGUAUUUUCUGGACAGACACAAGGUCAAGGAUGGAUUAUGAAAUUUUUGGAGAUUUCGUGUCUGUUGAUACUACUUAUACCACAAAUAGGCAUAAUUUGCCCUUUGCUACCAUUGUUGGAAUAAAUAACCACGGGAGGACCCUCUUGUUAGGAUGCGCCCUACUACAUGAUAGGAAAGCUGAAACCUUGAAGUGGAUGUUCCAAACACUUUUGGAAGUGAUGGGAGGAAAAAUACCAGGAUCAGUCGUGACAAGCCAAGAUGAAGCUAUGGCAAAAGCAAUUGUAGAGAUCAUGCCACAAGUGAGGCACAUGUUUUGCAAAUGGGAUGUAAUGGGGAAAGCACAUGAAAGGAUAGCAGCCUUCAUGGCAGCAAGGGGUAACAUAAAAGCAGAGCUGCAUAGCUUAGUUGACAACUCACUUACAGAAACGGAAUUCGAAGAAGGAUGGAUUUCACUUAUGCAGAGAUACAAUGCAAGUGAAAACGAGUACCUACAGUUCAUGUGGCGAAUAAGAAAAAUCUGGGUCCCUGUUUAUUUCAGACAUGAUUUCUAUCCAUUUGUCCAGUCACUCGGAUGUGGCGAAGGUACAAAUUUGUUAUUCAAAGACUCCGUGCUUCCAAAGGACAGCAUAGAGAAGUUCAUCGAAAGAUAUGAGGAGAUACAAAAGAAGACGAUACAAACGGAUGACGAAGAUAGACAGCAAGCAGGAACUGUACCUUCAUGCUUCUCAUUGCAGCCAAUAGAAAAGCAUGCAUCUAAUAUUUACACAAGGCAAAUAUUCCUGAAAGUACAGAGGGAACUACUCCAUUCUACUGCAUUCAACGUGCAGGAGGUACAAAGGGGGGCUGUCUACCGACUGGAGAAGGUUUUCAACUACCAGAACGCAGAGUUUGAUAGAAAAUAUUUUGAAGUGCUAGUUGAACCUGGCAGCAGUGCGUUCAUAUGCCAAUGUGCAAAGUUUGCCAGAGAUGGAAUACUGUGCUGCCACAUAUUCAGGCUCUUCACACAGUUUGGAAUCAAUGAAAUACCAGGGCAAUACAUAGUUCCCAGAUGGACUGAUAAAUUCAAAGAAGAGAAGGAAAAGCAGUACAGGCAAAAAUGCUUGGAGAAGACAGACAGUACAACAAGAUAUGCCAUGUUAAUGAGUAAAAUGGCUGACCUCGGCAAGAAAAUAUGUGGUGAUGGCGCAAAAUGCAACACAUUUAUGCUAGAGUUUGACAGUAUUCAAGAAAGGUUGUUAAUGUCCCAAGGAGAAUCCUCACAACAGUGACAGUUAAACAUCACGUCUUCUGGACUAGGGCUCAGGCAACAGGAGCAUUUAUCUAACUUUGUCCAUGUCCAGGUGAAUGCUCUUGUCCAGGAUGAAGGAUAAUAGUAGUUAGCAUGGUUUAGUUUAUUUAAGUAAUUUAGAGAUGAGAGUAGAGGAGAACUGUAAAGUCAAGGUGGAGACAUAGUUUCGAGAGUUUAUUCAUGCCAGUAGAUCAUGUGAUAGAUCUGGCAGCACUGUGGGAAAUGCUCACGAGGCUGAAAUAAUCCCUAAUCGUUGUUUCUCGUUUUGUUUGACCUUCA